AGAAAAGGGCCAAUCAUCCGCCGUGGCCCAAAAAGGCUAGACAAAAGAGUUGAUAGCGAUUUUGCUGUGAGAUUAAGGUUUGACGCAUUAUUUUGUUCAGUGUAUGCUGAUGAGUCAAAUAGAUAUUUGUUGUUGAUCAUGAGAACAAAUUAUUAAGAUGAUUCAACGAUUUAAUGUCAUUAAUGCUCUGGGGUAUAUUUCUGAUUGAAAUCACUGAAAUUUUGUAAUUUGGAGGUUAUAAUCCAACGCCAAAUGUCUAGUUUUCUAGUUUUCGGGUUAGUAUAAUCUAUUUGUCAUCAAGAAUAACAAAACAGAAAAUAAGCUUUUUUAGAAUAACCCCGAAUAAUAUAAAAUAAUAUUGCAAACUUGGCCACAUGGAUUAUAAUCAAAGCAACUCUCAGAAAUCAAAGAAAUACGAUAACCAAAGCUUUCAUGAAAGACAGCAUACGGAAUCAGACAGUGAUAAUGAUUUUAAUGUUCAGACAAUACAUGGUCAUCCAGACCUUGAAAAACUCAAUGCGAAGAGUAAUCCGAAUACCUUAUCGAGAACAAAAAGUAUUGUCCCAAAAAACCAGAGAAGAGGGUUGUUGUCGCACUUUUGUCUAAUACCAGAGUAUAAUGAUCCAAGAGAUUUCCCAAAUAAAUACAAAAAUUUUUUAUUAAUUGUGGUUGCUUGUGCUUCAAUAAUUGGCCCCAUGGGUACGUCCAUUCUUCUUCCUGCUAUGGAGGAUGUAAUUGAGAUGUUAAACACGCAGACAUAUUUAGUUAAUAUAUCGGUGGGUAUUUAUCUUUUAACUUUAGGUAUUUUUCCCUUGUGGUGGUCUGCAAUAAGUGAAAGAAAAGGAAGAAGAAAUGUAUAUCUAAUAUCCUUUUUUUUAAUGUUUUGCUUUUCGAUUGGAUGUGCUUUAUCUACAAGCAUCGGAAUGUUAAUAGCUUUUAGAGUCUUAUCUGGAGCAGCUUCAGCAUCUGUCCAAUCAGUUGGCGCAGGUUCUAUUUCUGACUUAUAUGCCCCAAAAGAAAGAGGUACUGCAAUGGGGCUAUUUUAUCUAGGACCGUUGAUGGGACCAUUCCUUGCCCCAUUGAUUGGUGGUGCUAUUGCCACAAGAUUUGGAUUUAGAGGAACACAAUGGUUUCUUGUGAUAUUUUCAGGAUUCUUGGACUUUGUAAUUUUAUUUGGUUUACCAGAGACAUUAAGAAAGCAAAGUAGCAAAGAUGCAAUUGCUCGUGUAUUAGCAAGCAGAAGAGAAAACCAUGAAGCAGAUUCCAGUAAUAGUGAUCUUGAGAAAAACUAUGACAAAGAACACAAUAAUGAUGUCAAUCAUAAUAAUAACGGGGAAAACAUCAACAGAUUACUAAAGAAAAUUGAAAGCAGAUCAUUAGUAACCCAAAAUCUUGAAAAAGGACCAAUAGUGGACACAAUUGGCCCAAUAAAUGUAUCAAAAAUUGACUCAAGUGACCCAAAUCUAGUUGCAAGAAUUCAUAACCAAGACAUCAAAGGAAUUACUAAGGAAGUUGAAAAAGAGCUCGAAAAUAAUCAUGAAGAAGAUUAUGAUAUUAAAAAUACAAUUUACAUUUAUGUCUUUCAACCUGUGCGAUCAUUAAUUUUCUUUAGAUACCCUCCAGUGUUUUUAGCUGUAUUUUUUUCUUCAAUAACGUUCUUACCAGUUUAUAUUAACAAUAUUGCUCUUUCUAACUUAUACUCUCAAGAACCUUAUAAUUUUGGUCCAAUGCUCAUUGGUUUAGUUUAUCUUCCGAACUCUGCUGGUUAUAUUGUUGCAUCAGUUCUAGGUGGAAAAUAUGUGGAUAGUUUAUUAAAAAAAUACGAGAAAAAAUAUGGGUUUUUAGCCCCAGAAGCAAGAAUAUCAUACAAUAUGCUCAUGGCCAUUAUCUUCUUUCCAAUUUCCUUAUUGAUAACCGGUUGGUGUUUUCAAAAAGAAACCCACUGGUUUUUCCUUUGCUUGGAACCUUUAUUUUUGGAAUUGCUUCGAUGUUGACAAUAGGUUGUGUUGUAACCUAUGUUGUCGAUUCAUUGCCAGGAAGAGGAGCCACAGGAGUCGCAUUAAACAAUUUCAUGAGACAAAUACUAGCAACAGCAGGGUCCUUCUUUACAGAGCCAUUGAUAAGAGUAAUGGGUGCUGGUGCACUAUAUUCUGCUGUAGCUGGCUUGGUGGUGGUGUCAAGUCUAUCCAUUCUCUUGCUAAAAAAAAGAGGAGCCUAUUGGAGGGAAAGCUACGACCUUCAAAGAUUGUAUGACAGCUUGGAUAAAUGAACCAAUAACCAAGAGCAUUUUUUCAUCUUUUCCAUCUCUACUAUCUCUGUAGUUUCCAUAGCAUCAAACUUUCCAAUAAAAUGUAGCUAUUGCUGCAAUCUUUGGGGUUUUGGUGAGACAGAAAUCACAUGGAAUGUACCACUUUCAUUGGACGUGUUGGUUAUUGUAGAUCAUUGUGUGAAACACUGUAACAGCUGUUGGGAAGAAUUCUGCUGAACAGA